UUCUUUGCCCCCGAUCUAAACUCACGUAUCGUGACGCCCAACUGCUGCCUGGCGACCCAUUCAUCUACCUACGCCUACCAAGUUCACCUGCGUCCCUCGUGAAUACACUCCACCAGCACGGACAUACACACGACGAUGUUGCGUGGGACCGACCUCCUCCUGCUAGGGUGCUUGGCGUGGUGCGCUUUGUGUAGAGCCAUCGGCGGAGAAUACACACAGUUUGGAGAUGACCCGAAUCAGCAGCACGUCUCGCUCCAAGAGCUUACGGAGGAGGCGUCCAAAGUUGGAAUGGAAGUAAUUCACCCAGCGGAAUGGAUGCAUUCUCGCCGGCGGCUUGAGUACACAGGCUCCAACUGCUGGGAUGUGGUGGUCUCUGAGCCAUACGGAAUCUGCGACGGCACGUACAUCGGUGAAGGGGACAGGGAGUCGUUGGCAACUUUAAUGGGGCCAUCGCUCUUCCUGAACACCUGCUUCGAGCCGGAACAGUACUGCGGAGGGGAGCUUUCGGCCCUCAACCGGCGGAUGUUCAUGGCGCGAGCAUUCAAAUGCCCGGAGGGCGAGACGGAGGACUGCCCCAAGGAAGAGGUGUGGGGUGUGUACAGCGCCAUCACCAACGCCACAACGGGCGAGAACAGGCUGGGUUUCCUACGAGCGUGGGCUGACGGCGCACUCCACCCCGUUGACGUCGUCUCGCAAUGGUGGACAUUCCAGUACAACAGCUUAGAAGAAGACGACGCCUCCGAAAGCCGGGAUUGCCUCAAUACCGACUGCCUCAUCCAGCUAGAUAAUGUCAACAUUGAGUGUGCCCCCGGCUCCCCCAACUGGACGAGACCCCCCUCAACAACGCCUUACCCAUCGAUGGCCCCCGAUAUCGACGGCACCAUGGCGCCCAUCCCCACGAAUGCUCCCGUGGGCGAGAGCGAGAGCUCGAGCGAGAUCGGAUCUUUCGAAAACGCCGACGACUUGAACGGGGCCCAGACACGGCUCAAGCCCCCUCUCCGGUUUCCCGGCCUGAGCGGCGGUGGGGUGUGGCAGGCGGUUGGGGUCGUCGCCAUGACAGCGGGCUUGUGGGCCGUAGUUGGUAGCCUAGGGAUGCUUGGGGGACUUGCCGUGGUUGGGCCAGGCGUGUGAUGACCUACCAUCUCUAUCUAGAACGACGGAUGAAGGUUGAUUACGCCCCACAUUUUAGAGUGGAGCAGCGGAAGAAGUGCGCAAUCUUUCGCGGCAUGGGAGGGUGUCGUUCGGUGUUUUUUUUUCCUUGCCGUGGUCGUUUUCCGCUACUGCGGUGUUGUCCUUUCUUGUGGUGAGAACCAAAGCCAUUCGUUUUUAUUUUUGACAUCCGUCCUCAGGUAGUUGUUUUGCUCAAGCACCUAUCGAUGUAGUCAUUGGUUCGACGCUCAUCACAUUGCUACCGGGCAGAACUCAACAGCAGUCCCCACGGACAACACGUUACGGGUCCUCCUGCAUGCUAUAUCGAUCGGUGACACUCCUCUUCCGCGUUCCCCUCUCUGUUGUAAUCACUCGUGAGAAUUGUUAUUAUUUGCUCGAAUUUUGUUACCUGCUCAACCUGGUACUUUGUUUUUUUUGUAUCAUAGUUCAGUCAUCGGUUCAGGGACUUUGCAUUUCAUACUGUUUGUUGCAUGGAGUACAAGAUGAUAGCGCUUGUUUUGCGGAGCGUUCGCCUAACUAUUUUUUUGCGACCAGACGACCAAUCGAAAAUGCUGCAUAUGUAUGUAGCCAUGCUAAGUGGCAGUGUCGGCGGUGUGGUUUUUUGUGCGUGUGAAGUUCCUUUUGAGGGUUUUGGCUCCUGUAUACAUAGGGCUUUCUUGUGGUGUGAAAAUAAUCCGAACAGCAUAUACUGCUGUAUCGGAGCUCCGACACGACUGUUAUUUAGUGAGUAGUGAUGUUUUUGUUUGCUUUUCCCCACCACAUGCAUCAAAUACGCGUUUUUGUCAGCAUUUGUUCGAGGAUAAGCAAACAUUUUUCGCAGCAUUGUUUCUCCACAUGUACGUUUGUAGGGAUUUGCCCUGGGAGCUAUCUCCUUUGCCGAUCAAGGCGACAAAGACGUUGCUAUCUUUCCGGAUCGACACCCGCUUUUACCCUUCCUAGCUGUAGUGGUGGUUGAGGGAGUACGCUCGCAACCUCGUAGCACCCAGGAUCAGUCAGGGGUUCGAAUCCCGGCGCAACGGAGCUUUUCUUGCAGAGGAGCUUUUCUCUCGCUGCCGUUCCUGAUGCAUGUUGUUGUUCUUGUCGUCACAUUUAACAAUCGUUCCAAUCUCUCUGCCCAGCACCUUCUGUUCGUACUAGUCUAACGCUUGGGGUCGAUACCCGUGGUCACGGGCUAACUUACCCAAAAAAAGAUGUUGAGGAAAUAUAUUAGACCCGUAGGAUCCGCAAGCCAAUAGAAUGGUGUGGAAAGCACGAUUGCUUGUUCGUGUGUACGCAUCCAAGGGAAGAAAGUGCUACUACUCUCGCGGUAGAAAGCGAAGGCGAGCAUCAGGAGGUUGGUAUGUACGCCCAAGGGGAGCAAGCCUUGUGUAUUUCUGACCACCGAUUGGAGCAGCUCUUGCCCGGCAGAAAACCUGGGAGCUUGUGUGCGCUGAUUUAGAGUCCAGAUUAGCUGGGGGGUUGCCCUAGCCUUCGUUGACGACCAGCCGGGACGCAUGCUGGACAGAGGUUAGGCCGAUUUUCACUUCUUGUUGUGAUGUAAGCAGGAAUUUUUACAACCAUGCAGCAGCAUGAGAACCAUGAGACAAUUCGACAGGAAAAACAAAAGGACGGCAGGGGGGGGGCGCACAAGGCUAUCCUUCCCCCGGUACUUAACAAAGGUCCAACACAAGCACUUUCGUACACACAAAAUUUCCUCGUAAUAGGACAAGACAAACCAACCGAACCCCCUUUUUUGGUUUGACUUUCGUCUCCCGGAAGAUCAAGCAAGUUGGUUGCUGUGCGGUUGAUUUCAAGUUGACUUACCUACCUGCUGCGUCCAGCGAGCGGCUAGACCAACCAAACCACCACCUUCGGCGUCAACAGCAACUUCCAUAUUUACCGCACGCUCCGUGCAGCAGGAGGUCAACGUCCCGAGAGACCAAACAUGCUUCCACCACAAAUUUCCAAGUAAUGAAAUCACCCACACCAAGUAGAAGAGCAUGCCUGUGACUGACGCGCAGAGACAGACACGAUACCAUCUCUUGUCCAACCAACGAGACUGAUGCAGUCAAACGGCUCGUGAAAAAACCGGAUAAAAAAAACGGAUGAUACCUCACGGCAAAACGGGAGUCUCAUCACGUCGGGCCCGACAAUUCGCUGGAUCGCACAUCAGAUUGUUCGUCAACCCGCCCAUCCAUCUAUCCACCACCUGUACGACAUGGAUUCAAUUCCUAUUUCAGACUAGGUAGGCCUGCACACAUAGGAGAGCCAGUAACGCAAGCCACGAGGCGGCAUAAACUGAUUGUCUGCUAGGAAGGAGACAGCAGGGAACAAACCAACCGCAUACGGUCUCCGGUUCACAUGAAGCAUUCACCAAUAACCGGGCUAACCGGCAGCAGGGGAAGAAAUCAGCACACAGCAUAGAAUAUGUCCCCCGUUCCACGAAACCGCUUCUUUCGCGAAGCUGUCGCUUCUCUCUCCCGCUUGUCAAUGGUUUGUUUCAUCACAACCUUUCCCGCAAAGAAAAAUAAGAUACGUGGUGAAAUAUAUCAUCCUUUGUCCUCUCACGUUCCAUGGGACAUGCAGUCAUAUCGUGACAAGAACCGGGUAGCGAAACAAGUAAACGGAGCAAGCCCCAUCCCAUGAACCGCAACGUUUAAUCAAGUCAAAUAAAACCUCAGGAACAAAACCUGAGGUACGCAACUGUAACAACCUUCCGUGAGCCGAGGAGGCGGGACAACACGGCACCGCGCCCAAACUUGGAGAGAUGCGUGCACACCCCCCCCCGUUUGGACGAGCGGUCACCCCCGCAGGGUAGGGGGGGGGGUUGCGCACGAAUAGACACCGAGCACUUGAAAAAUAUUCACCAAGACCUACGAGUGAGUGAGCAACAUGGAGGAACAAGCUCUAGAUGAGCUCUUACGGCAACCGACAAUAUUUCUCAUGUACCUUGUACAGUACUGUAGGGGGGGUGGGUCAGGGUUAACACAGGCCGCACCUUCGAGCAACGGACGAGUACACCGCUUUCGAAACAGUAAAUGUAGAUAAUUAAUCGUGUUCACAUGUCUAACGCAGACUAGCUACCAGCCGAGCGGGUUCACUCGCCCCGCCCCCGACCACUAUGACGACAUUGGAAAGACAUCAGUCCGUGUCGGCAAAACCAGUGCGCGCCCUGAUCACCACCACCAAGAAGACGCCACAGAAAGGGAGAAGAGGGGGAAAACAACCACCGUCACCACGUCCACGGAAGGCUUGACUCUCUCCCGCGUGCUGCGGACGUUUACCACCCCC